AACAGGUAUUAAACAAGGGUAGAAAUAUUUAUGACGAAAAACAUUUUACUGGCUAAACUCUUGGUGUGAUAUUGAGAUAAAUAUUCAGAGUGAUCUUGAGUAUUUCAGUGCUCUUUCAAAUUUCGCCGUCAACUCUUUUUCCCUCUCUCUCUCUCUCAUUCUCACUGUCAGCCUGUUGACCUGCUCAUGUAGUGAUAGUGUGUUAAAAAUCGACAUUAGCAGCACAGUUCCAGUCAAAGUGUGUGUGUAGUCUUGCAUUUUCUCAUCAUUUUCAAAAUUAGAGAGAUGUGGAAAGAGUAUGUCAAUAUUUCGGAAUUUUUUAUCAUGUAUUUCCACUGAAAAUAUCACCUGGCCUUUUGUGAAUAAUCCUCUACGAACAGAUAAUAGUUAUCAUAGUAAUAAUAACAAUAAUAAUAAUUAUAAUACAUUUCCUAAAAAUUCAUGUAUUAUAUGCCAUGAAUCAGUAGAUACAUGUUUACGUAAUCAAUCAAGUAAAUGUCAUAGACACUCAUUUCGUCUACUGGAUACAACACGGAGAAAAAGUUUAAAAGCAAGUAAACAAUCCAUAGAAAGUCAGUAUAAAAUUAAAACAACACAACCAGAUACAAUGACAACAGUUUGUGCUACAGGUACAGAUCCAGUGAAUAUUCCUUUGAAUGAUAGUGAAAUCUAUGGUAUGACCAGCUCAUCUUAUCGACGCAGUAUAACUCAUCCAUAUGCCACCGGCACCACAACAGCAACAACUACUGCCACAAUGACAGCAAGUACAACUGAUACAAUUCCAACGAGUAUAAAUGAUCCUAUGGAUACAAAUCUGAAUGAUAAUUCUGUUGGACUACAUUGUUCCAAAUUAUUUUGUCGUUGGAUUGACUACUGUCCAUUUUUAUGGAGUCAAAAAUCAACAACAUCGACAGUAGUUCGGCAGAAAUCCUCCUCUGGUAAUAACAAUAAUAAUAAUACUAAUAAUGAAUGGAUGACGAUAACGACAACCUCAGCGCCAAUACCAGCGACAACAGCAGCGGCUAUUACAAUAACCCAAUCUCUGGAUACUGUACAUUAUCAGUCGGUGUUGCAAAGGGGACAACAACAACAACACCAGGAUAUUGAACAUCAGAUAGUUGAUAAGAAUAACAGUAAUAAUCGUGAUAAUGGUGAUCCAAUAGAUGAAAGAAUUGAAGAAUGUUAUAUUCCUGAGCCUGUAUUUAAUUUAUUUUUAUAUUUAGCACAAAAAGGUGUUUAUGCUAAAGAUUUAUUUCGACGACCUGGAAAUAUCGCUCAAAUAAAACAUAUUCUUCAACGUUUUGCAUCUAAUCAUACAAUCGACUGGAAAGACUACAAUAUACACACAGUAGCAACUGUAGCUAAACGUGUUCUAGUCAAUAUACCCAAUGGAUUGAUCGGUUUAAAAGGCGAGAAACAGCUUCUGCAAACCGCCCUACUAACACAACAAUUACAGCAACAGAGUGAUUCAAUUCAGGUGAAAACGAUUAAAAAGACGAGCCCGUCUUAUUUCUCCUAUCCAUCGACUAUCCGAAUCACUUCGAAAGAUGCUCCCCUCGAUCCUCCUCUGCAUCCUUCUCAUCCUAUUCAUCAUGAAACAGAUGAAUUCAUACAUGUCUCGAGUAUUCUACCCAUCUUAGAAUCACAAACAAAUGCUGGUAAUAAUGAUUCAAGUGAUAAUCAGACAACGAUUGCAACACCAACAACAGCAGAAUCUACUAGACAAUCACCUGAUCAAAUUGUCCGCCGUGCUGUUGUCAUUAGCAAUAUUCAAUCGAAUAAAUCAGAUGGAGUGAAUAUUAGUUUAUUAUUUUCAUAUGGUGCUAUACAACAAAUUUAUCAGCUGACGUCGAUCGAUUUAAAACGUGUACAAGUUUUUCAAAGCAUUUUAAAAGACUUGACUUCAGCGCAUCGACAACUGACAAUUAUCAUUUUUGGUAUUCUACAUCAGCUGGUCUUCAAUGCUGCAUUCAAUACAGCUAGUCAUUAUCAUAGUCCUUCACAACAGCAGCAACAGGAAACAGAGAAAGAUACUGAAGAAUUGCCGAAAAUUCCACUACUCAAGUUAGCUGAAGGUGUUGUGAAAUCAGUAGCUGGUUCAAUGUUCCACACGUGUACAUCCUCAAUUUUGCUAAUUGAUCAAACAACACAGGUCCUUCAAUCCUUGGUACUUUGUUUUCCUGUUAUUGAUAAAGAAUUUACACAAUUCUACUGGGAUGUUUUAAACAAUCGUUAUAAGCUGAGAAAAUCAAAACAAGCUAGUCGUGGUGUUUCAAAAUUGAAUAUUUCGAAACCAGUUUAUUCCAAGUCGGCUUGUUCAGCUCGUCUAAUCAGCGCUGCCGGUCGUUUAUUCUGCUUUGCAAGUGAUCACCACGGUAGCGAUAAUAAUAAUAACGCUAAUGUGACCAAUAGCUUUUCUCCCGGUUUCUCACCGUCCUCACCAGCAUCAUUAACAUCCUCUGUAAAACAUUUCUGUUUCCCAUUGAAAGAUUCAAAUCGACUACAAAAAUCUAAACAAUCACAACAGCAUCAAAUGCAUAGAGAAUCAUCUAUGGAGUCAACAUAUUAUCAGCAUAUUGAUAAAACUACAGUGGACCAAGAUAAACCUAUGGAGUCAAUGAUUGUUCAACCUGUCUAUUCAGUUACAUCAUCUGGACAUACAUCAGAUGUAGCAACAGCGGAAACUAAAGAUGUCAAAUAUUCUUCCUAUGCUAAAGCCGACGUUCAUGAAACAGGCAAAUUAUUAAAUAAUAAUAAUAAUAACAAUGGUGAAAUGAAUACAAGCUCUUAUUCUGUAGUAAAUCUACGACGUAAUCAAAGUCGUUAUAGAUCCUUACGUAGACGACAAAUGGAAAAUUUAAAUCGACGUGCUGAAUGGUUUCUACGACCAACAACAAUCCCAUCAUUGACUUUUACACCCGAUCGAUUGAAACAUUUAGAUGAAGAAAUAACAAUUUUCAGUAAUAAUCAUCAUCAUUCACAAACAGCAAUGUCGACCAUGUCACUACUAGAAAUGCAUCAUAAUAUGAAAGAACACUUGAGAACAAAUCUAUUUGUUAAUUCUGAUUUAGUUCAAGUGGUUAGUCCGCGAAUACUAUUCACCUCAUCCACUAGUGAUUUAAUUCAAACAGAUUUCAGUGUACAACCAACUGGACCAUGUGAAAAGUUGUCAGCAAGUGAAGAGUGUCGAACAAAACUGUGCCCGUCUUUAUCUCCUGUAUACGGGCAUAGUUUCAGUAGUCUAUUGAGUGUCCCUUCACCACCAGGACAAUAUUAUGUUGUUACACAGGCGGCGGGGAACACUUUAUUUCCACAUUCCAUAAAUAAUAAUAACAAUAAUCAUAUUGACUGUCAAUCAAAUAUGCUUAGUAAUUAUGAAGAUGAUAUGAGGACAAGGACAAGGACAACGACGCAUUCAUCAUUUCUUAUGCCAACUGUAUCACCGACCACGGCUUCAUCAAUUGAUCCGCUUAUCUGUCAUCAUCAUCGUAUACCAAAAUAUCCACUGCAAUAUGAUCGUAGUGAUCAGGUGAUCAGCAGAUCAGAUCUUCUACAGUCGACAAGUUAUGAAAGUUUUCCUAAUCUAACAUACCCUUCAUUGUUGCAUUCAAAUUUACCAGACAAGACAAGCAAAGAGAGUAAGAAUGGUAAAGUUAAAGAAGGCGAUCCUGUUCAUAUUCCUCCUACCCUACUUACCCCAACUACCAGGGGCGAUGAUAAUAAUAACACCAGGAAAACGUCAUGUCAUGCAAUCACUACAAAAUCGUCAGAUACACGUAGUUCUGAUUGGUCUAUCGACCAGCCAAUCUUCCUUCCAAGUGAAAAUUUACAUCGUCGACGAAGUAGUGCCUUGACUACAUUACAGUUACCUAAAAAAACAGAUCAACAAGGACAGCAACGACAACAGAAGUAGCAUUUAUUGUCAAAGGGUGUCGUUUUUCUUGUUGCUGUUGUCAUUGUCUGGGGAACAAUUAACUAAGUAAGUAAAUAAGAUCUAGUGCCGGCUGAUUUCCAACUCGCAAUGAGCUUCAUUCUCCAUUUUCGUCUAUUCCUUUGUUUGUUUGUUCAUUUGGUUUUAUAGUUCAGUCUUUAUUUAUUUUUCUGCGUAUCUUGUCUUUUAUUUCUUACCCCGCCUCCUGAGAAAAAAACACAAAAAAAUAACGAACACUGGUCCCCUGUUCCUUCUCACUGCGGGACCGGGCUCUUUUCUUCCCUCUUGUUAUGUCCGCAAUCUAUUCUCCACCGACGUAAACAGCUGGGUUCUACAUACAUAUAUAUAUAUAUAUAUAUAUAUUUAUAUAACAACAUAUGUCAUUUGUGGAAAAAAACGUGUAAUCGAAGCGUCUUUACUUUGUUUUUCUACUUCUUUUGCAUAUUUCCAUUUCUUCUACCAUAAUUUAAAUAACAUUCAGGUGUAUAGAGGAGAAAUACACUGAUUGUUUUAUAAGCAAACAUCACAGACGAUAGUGAGACGGAUAAAAACUCACUACCUGAUAUGGGUUCCUGUGUGCUUGUGUGUGUGUGUGCUAAUUUCUGAAAUUUCAUCAUUUUCGUUGUCACCUUCAUGUAAUAAUGCAAUCACUGAGUGCACAAGUAACUAUCAUAAUAGAAAUAAUAAUGACUUUUUCAUAUCACUUUACUUUACUAGUCUUGAAAUAAUAUUCCAAAGGUGUUAUUAAUAAUAAUAAUUAUUAUUAUUAUUGUUAUUACUAUUGAAGAAAAUAUAAUUGCAUUUAUUUAAAUUAAUAUUAGUGUUUUCUACUCUCGAUUCUAUCCUUAUUCUAAAACUUAUAUUGCCUUAUUAUUACUAUUAUCAUUCUUUUUUCAAUUGUGUCUAAUAAUAUUGUAAGCGUUUAUUUGUUGGUUUAAUUUUCGCGCGUUUUUUUCAACUAUUUACUUACAAUAGUUAAUUUAAACAAAAUGACCUUGAAAACUCUUGAAAUAUUGAAUAAAAAAAUAAACAAGAUAAUACAGGCAUAAUGUGCAAUUCGUGAUAAAAAGAAUGCGUCUUGGUUUUUUUUCUUUUUCUCCUCAGCUUCUUUUUAUAAUGUGAAUUGUGCCUAUAAUUAAUGAAUUAAUUUGUUUAUUUAUUUAUUUAUUUACUAAUUUAUUUAUUCAAUUCAAUGUUCAACAAUGUCACUUUUAGUUGUGUUUUCCAUUUUACUUUCUCUUUAUUUAUAUGUGUAUUUGUUAUUUGUCAGGAUUUGUGUGUUAGUGCGAAGGUUAAUCAACCUUCUUUUUCUCCUUCUGUUUUUCCUUCACUUUCUUGAUUUCUUUUUGAUUUAAUUUUAUUGAAAUUAUUGUUAAUUUCAAUAAUUUUUAGUGUAUUCUAUUAUCUGUAUUAAAAAAAUUGAAAUAAUAUGCAACACAAAGCGUUAAUAUACAUACAUAUACAUAUAUAUAUUUGUUAAAAAAUACAUUAGUCAUGU